CUCGGCUGCUUGCUGCUCUUUUUCUUGGGGUGAAGCUGAUCCCUCGCUCUUCUUCUUCUUCUUCUUAUGUUUCUUCCCUCUCCCCUCUGGCCUUCGGCGUCCCCCUGAUCUGCAAGUUGCUACUUCUCGUCUUCUGCCGUCACCCAGCUGCAGCGAAACAGGCCAAUCGAGAGAGGGAAAAGAGUAAGCCCGGGCUCGGAGAGAUGGCAGAUCGGUUGACGCGUAUUGCUAUCGUGAGCUCUGACCGGUGCAAGCCGAAAAAGUGUCGGCAGGAGUGUAAGAAGAGCUGUCCUGUCGUCAAAACGGGAAAAUUGUGUAUUGAGGUCACUUCUCAGUCAAGAAUAGCGUUCAUUUCUGAGGAGCUGUGCAUUGGAUGUGGUAUAUGUGUCAAGAAAUGUCCCUUCGAGGCAAUUCAAAUCAUCAACUUGCCGAAAGAUUUGGAUAAGGAUACGACCCAUCGUUAUGGUCCAAACACAUUUAAGCUGCAUAGGUUGCCAGUGCCUAGGCCGGGACAAGUUCUUGGUUUGGUUGGAACAAAUGGGAUUGGGAAGUCCACUGCCCUUAAAAUCUUAGCUGGGAAACUGAAGCCAAACUUAGGCAGAUUUGAUAAUCCUCCUGAUUGGCAGGAAAUUUUGACAUACUUUCGUGGGUCUGAGUUACAAAAUUAUUUCACUCGGAUUCUUGAAGAUAAUUUGAAGGCUAUCAUUAAGCCACAGUAUGUGGAUCACAUUCCAAGAGCAGUUCAAGGCAACGUUGGGCAGGUUCUUGAACAGAAAGAUGAGAGAGAUGCGAAACAAGAGCUGUGCGAUGACCUUGAGUUGAAUCAGGUUAUAGACCGCAAUGUUGGUGAUCUAUCAGGUGGGGAACUUCAGAGAUUUGCCAUUGCAGUUGUUGCGAUACAAAAUGCUGAGAUAUAUAUGUUUGAUGAGCCCUCAAGUUAUCUUGAUGUGAAGCAAAGGCUGAAAGCUGCCCAAGUUGUACGAUCUUUGCUUGGGCCUAACAGCUAUGUGAUAGUUGUGGAACAUGACCUUAGUGUCCUGGACUACUUAUCUGACUUCAUUUGCUGCUUAUAUGGGAAACCUGGUGCAUAUGGAGUUGUAACCCUUCCCUUUUCUGUGAGAGAGGGUAUAAACAUUUUCUUGGCGGGGUUUGUACCUACAGAAAAUCUGCGAUUCCGAGAUGAGUCGCUUACUUUCAAGGUUGCUGAGACUCCACAGGAAAGUGCUGAGGACAUUGAAACAUAUGCACGUUACAAAUACCCAACCAUGACAAAAGUUCAAGGAAAUUUCAAGCUUAAGGUGAUCGAAGGAGAAUUUACUGAUUCUCAGAUUAUUGUAAUGCUUGGGGAGAAUGGCACUGGAAAGACAACGUUCAUCAGAAUGCUGGCUGGUUUGCUGAAACCCGAUUCUGUGGAAGGAACAGAUGUGGAAAUACCCGAGUUUAAUGUUUCCUACAAGCCACAGAAGAUCAGUCCGAAAUUCCAAUCUACUGUUAGACACCUUCUGCAUCAGAAAAUUAGGGAUUCAUAUACUCAUCCUCAAUUCAUAUCAGAUGUGAUGAAGCCCCUUCUUAUUGAACAAUUGAUGGAUCAAGAAGUGGUAAAUCUCUCUGGUGGAGAGCUGCAAAGAGUCGCAUUAUGCCUAUGCCUUGGAAAGCCUGCGGAUAUAUACCUGAUAGAUGAGCCAAGUGCAUAUCUUGACUCCGAGCAGCGUAUUGUUGCUUCGAAAGUCAUAAAGAGAUUCAUACUUCAUGCAAAGAAAACCGCUUUUAUUGUGGAGCAUGAUUUUAUCAUGGCGACCUAUUUGGCAGAUAGAGUGAUUGUCUAUGAGGGCAAGCCUUCUGUGGAUUGUAUUGCAAACUGUCCUCAGUCAUUGUUGACUGGGAUGAAUCUCUUCCUGUCGCAUUUGGACAUCACAUUUAGGCGUGACCCUACGAACUAUCGUCCACGAAUCAAUAAGCUGGACUCCACCAAGGACCGGGAGCAGAAGUCAGCUGGAUCCUACUAUUACUUGGAUGAUUAAGGCUGCCAAAUAUGCUUUUUUCAAGUUGCGAACUCUAGAAGGGCAUUGGGGGGCACUGAACUGGUGGAAGAGAGAGCUCCUGCUACUUCUGUAAUAAGGAAGCCCCAUUGCCCAUAGAAGAGGCCUUACCUGGCUGAGCUCGGAGGCCUUGUCUCGGUGCCCUGCGUCGACGUGAUUGACCUUGUUAUCUGCCUAGUCUUCAUUCACUAGCUUUAAGUAUUUUUGAUUGUGAUGGUUCGAUCUAUGGAUAUAGAUGUCAUCUUUAAUAUUUCACUAUGAAAUAUGAACCUUAUCACCUCGGUUGUGCGGAAUUUUCUAGGAGAGGAAUAGGAAGAAACAGUAGGAUGUCGAUCCUCAGGUGUAUUGGGUAGUCUGGCUUUUACUUUCAGAGGUUCUUCUCCUUUGCAAUUUUGGGGAUUUGAUUGAUACUUGACAUGAUACUUCGAUAAUCAAACAUCUUUUUGGUAUACUCUACUAUUUUGAAGCCC